UCGAAAUCAAAACGAACACGCCAUGAAAGAAUCACUAGCAAUAGAGCGCUAUGGCGUGAGAACCAGGCCUUACUACUACUCAUCCUCAUCAUCAUCAUCAUCUCUCAUGAGCUCUCUCUUCACGGCCACCGUCAACAUGGCGGCCAAAACCCUAGUCUCCGCUGCCUCUCCCUCCAAAAGCCCCUUCGCCUCGGCCGACCGGUGGCGGCUCUCUGACCACCUGCGCUUCAUGGUCAUGCUCAUGGCUUGGGUCACCCUCUGGUUCCUCAGGGUCCUCAAGGACCACUUCCCCGGCUUGGGCGGCCACCUCCAGUACCCUCUCCAGUCGACUCGGCUCGCCUCCUCUGUCGCGGGCUCGUUCGACUUCCCGCCGUUGCUGACUUAUCCGGCAGCGGCGACGACGUCGGCAUCAGCGCUGGCGCUUCCUUCUUCUCCCCCGUCGCUAGAGAUGAUCCUGCGGGAGGAUGCGGACGGUCCCUCCAUUCGAGCCCUCGGCCGAGCUCUCUCCCAUAUCUUGGCGCUGUUAAACGACAUACCCGCCUCGUCGAGGAAGUACGAGUUCGCAAUGUCCAUGGCCGAUAGGAUCCUGGAAGAGAACUCGAGGGACGGGCACGAAGACCUCCUGGAGAUCAACCGGGUGGCCUUGUCUUUGGCGUUCUCCCGCACCUCGAGCCUCCUCUACGACUCCCUCCAGCAAAACCGAUCGAAGGACGUCGUCUCGGGCCUGUUUCCGAUGAGCAUUAUCCGUGCCCUCCCCAUGGGCUCCUACAUCAACUCCUAUCUCAAGGGGGUCAACGUGUGUGUUGGCGCGGUGGCCCGGUACAUGAAGAGUGGCACCCUCCCGUGGCAUGGUGGCCGGCAACUCACUGGACCCGCUGGCAUGGACGAAGGGGAGAUGGCGGCGGAGAAGCUGGCGCAGGAGCUUCUGUGGAUAACCAACAAACUCAGGGUUUUCGGGUCUCUGGAUGAAGCGUUGGAGCAAUGGAGCUUUGCCUCUGGAUUGGCAUCUCUUUGUCUUGGUGCUAACCCUAGAGUCCAAGGCUAUGUCAUCAAGAUCUUUGCUAUUUUGUCCGGCGAGCUCCGGCGAGAGAGCGCAUCCAUACCGAGCGAAGUGAAGUUCGGGCUCCUCACCCUCUGGCUCCCGCUUUGCUGCCACGGGAGCAACGGCCUCUCCUACCCCAUCAUGACCGGCCUCGAGAAGGUCGAGGCCGAGCGAGCGAUGGACGAGGUGAUCUCGAGCCUCCCCGCGAUCGACCAGGAAUUGAUCCUCACGAACUGGUUCCAAGAGUUCACCGUCUCCACCUCGGACUGGCCGAAUCUUCAGGUCUCCUACGAUCGCUGGUGCCAGUACACUCGCAAGCUCGCGUAAACCCUAAUCAUGCAUGAACAACACGAGCGCAUGAUUAUACAUGUGCCUGGUCUAAUAAGCCUUUAGGUUGUAUUUGUUAGCGUCGGAUUCUUGAUCAGGUUAGGGAAAGAAUAAUGAGGUCGUUGUGCGCAUAUGAUAUCCAAUUCUCUCUUUUAGCUGAUGCGGCACAGCCAAAAAAUAUUUUAUGGCUCACUUAGGUCGAGAUUAUUAUUUAGAGAUGCUUCUUCUU